AUGGUGGCUCCGGCCGCAAUGGGAGGGAUCUCGAUAGGUACCCAGUCGUCCGCAAACUGUCAGCCCACUCGAUCAUCGAGCACCCAUCCUUCCCACUCGCACAAUGUUCCCUUGAGCGCUCGACGAUCCGCUCCCCUCGAUCUCUCCACCGUCGAACGACGAGGCCAGCCGAAUGCCCCCCGCGAACCUACAAACCGAGUCCGGCCCCAUGGUCUGCAGGAGGCCCCGACCUUUCGCCCAACCAAGGAGGAAUUCAGGGACCCCGAGGCCUACAUUCGCAAGAUCGCGCCCGAAGGCAGGAAAUAUGGCAUUUGCAGGAUUAUUCCGCCAGAAAACUGGCAACCGCCAUUUGCCAUUGAUACAGAGGGGAGGGGUUCUCGCCACAACACCGCUACUACUCUUUCCCCAUGUCCUGAAGCUAAUUCAUCCUUAUUUCUCCAGCGAUUUCAUUUUAAAACCCGUCGACAAGAGCUCAACUCGGUUGAAGGAGGUAUGCCCCCGCGUUCAGCCACGCUUGCUGCCGGUGGAACUCCGCAGCCCAGUUCUGACCGGGACCCAGGAACUCGUGCAAACUUGAACUACCUUGACCAAUUAGCCAAGUAUCACAAGCAGCAUGGUACCAACUUGAAUCGCUUCCCCAGCGUCGAUAAACGCCCACUAGAUCUCUACAAGCUGAAAAAGGCCGUCGAGGUCCGAGGUGGCUUUGAUCAAGUCUGUAAAAUGAAAAAGUGGGCUGAGAUUGGUCGCGACCUCGGCUACAGUGGCAAGAUCAUGUCGUCGCUUUCCACCUCGCUGAAGAAUUCUUAUCAGCGAUGGCUCCAGCCGUACGAAGAGUACCUCCGGGUGGCGAAGCCGGGCGUGCAGCAACAGCUCGAGUUGGAACAUGGCGGCCCUUACACCCCAUCGCCCAAUCAUUCGCCGAUGCCCAAAAAGCCCAGUCCCCUCGAGAGUAAUACUCCUUCCGCCACACCCCAGGCAUCCCUUGGUCUUCCAGCUGUCGGCCCCCACACCACCCCCAGGGAGAUCGAGGCAACCCCUGAUCAGAAGUCCACACCGCCGGUUGAUCCAACACCUCCGCGCCCGGUUGCAGCCAGUUUCACCCCGGUGAAUGCAGGUGGCUUUACUGCCGUCAAUCGAUCACCGUCUUUUGUCGCCGUCAAUAGCGGGCCAACCGUCAAACGGGAAGCAGAAAAUGACCAUCUUACGCCCAAGAGCGUUGCGGAGCACCCGCAGACCUCGACCCCCCUGUCAAACGGCCAUGGUAGCCAACCAAUGAAGCGCGGAAUUAGCCACGAAAGCGGAUCUCAGACCGAGAAUGGGGAAGUGGACGCCAAUGGACGACGAAGUAAACGACUGCGAAAAGAUCCACCCUUGCCCACAAUUGCGGGAUCACACAUGAGCCUUCUUCGACCGACUCCCCCGCGUGGAAGGAAGGGGGACGUUCGGAAAACUGGAGAUAAAUGUGAGACCUGUGGCAAGUCGGAAGAUCGCCCCUCGAUCCUCUUAUGUGACAGCUGUGAGCAUGGCUACCAUAAAUACUGCCUCGAUCCUCCCUUGACGAAUAUCCCUGAGUACGACUGGCACUGCCCUAAAUGCCUGGUUGGGACAGGAGAGUUCGGAUUCGAAGAAGGUGGCGUCUAUUCGCUCAAACAAUUCCAGGAGAAGGCCAAUACUUUCAAGAAAAGUUAUUUCGCAUCCAAAAUGCCUUUCGACCCUGUUCUCAACACCCAUCGACGGGAGUCCGAGGAUGACGUUGAGCGCGAAUUCUGGAGGCUAGUUGAGAGCUUAACCGAGACUGUUGAGGUUGAAUAUGGAGCGGACAUUCAUUCUACCACCCAUGGCAGCGGCUUCCCCACGAUUGAACGAAAUCCGCUCGACCCAUACUCGGUGGAUCCCUGGAACCUUAAUGUCCUUCCCUUUUACGGCGACUCCCUGUUUCGCCAUAUCAAAUCCGAUAUCUCAGGCAUGACUGUUCCAUGGGUUUACGUGGGAAUGUGCUUCUCCACCUUUUGUUGGCAUAACGAGGACCAUUAUGCCUACUCGGCCAAUUACCAGCAUUUCGGUGCUACCAAAACUUGGUACGGUAUCCCGGGGGCCGAUGCAGAAGCGUUUGAAGAAGCCAUGCGACAAGCCGUCCCCGAACUGUUCGAGAGUCAGCCGGAUUUACUAUUCCAGCUGGUGACCCUGAUGCCACCAGAUCAACUGAGGAAAGCGGGGGUUAAUGUUUACGCUCUUGAUCAGCGAGCCGGCCAAUUUGUCAUUACGUUCCCCCAGGCGUACCAUGCUGGGUUCAACCACGGGUUUAACUUCAACGAGGCUGUCAACUUCGCCCCGGUGGACUGGGAGCCAUGGGGAGCCAUGGGCGUAGAACGUCUCCAAGCUUUUCGAAGGCACCCUUGUUUCUCACAUGAUGAAUUGCUGUUCAAUGCUGCGGCCCGAGAUACGUCCAUAUCUACAGCAAAAUGGUUAGCUCCAGCCCUCCAACGGACAUGCGCCCGGGAGUUAGCGGAACGUGCGUCAUUUGCUUCCCGACACCGAGAGGUCACACCUCAUCAUUGUGCCCUGUUGUCGGAAGACCCUGCGGCCACAGGCGACUGCCAAUUGAAGUUUGUGGUUGAGGAUAAAGAUCUUCCAGAAGAUGACUACCAAUGCCAGUAUUGCAAGGCCUUCAGUUUUCUCUCUCAAUUCUAUUGCCAUAAAACUGGAAAAACGCUCUGUCUGAUACAUGUGGAUACCUAUGAUUGCUGUGGAGUGCCCCUUUCGCAAAGACUCCUGGGCCCCGAUCACACAUUACGCUACCGCAUCGGCGACGAUGCCUUGAAGAACUUGGUCCUCAAAAUCCAGGAGCGCGCCAGGAUCCCGGAAGCGUGGGGGGAGAAGCGCGACAAAAUUCUGGAAGAUGAACCGAAUCCCAACUUGAAGGUCCUUCAUAACCUACUUAAUGAAGGUGAGAAAAUCCCAUACCAUUUACCUGGCCUCCAAGAUCUUGCGGCUUUCGUUCAGCGCUGUGAUAAAUGGGUUGAGGAAGCAACCAACUACAUUACGCGAAAGCAGCAAAAUCGGAGGAAAAACGAGAAAGCUUGGCGCAAGGCUACUUCUAAGGCCUCGCAGCUGGAAGAACGUGACCGUGAAGUUCGCAGGGUAGAAAACAUCUACGCCCUUCUAGCAGAGGCUGAUAAACUGUCAUUCGACUGUCCACAGAUGGCGGCUCUGGAAGAGAAGACCCGCGAAAUCGAGAAAUUCCGCCAGGACGUUAACGUUGCGCUCAUGAACCCCCAUAUCCGAUCAGUACAGGAAGUUGAAGAAUUGGUGGAGUCCGCCCGGAACUUCAACGUGGAUAUUCCCGAGGUUGAGGGCUUGGAACACAUUCUCCGACAAAUGAGGUGGAAUGAGGAUGCGGGCCGCAAACGUGAUCAGUACAUGACUCUCAAGGAUUGUCAGGCGCUGAUUCAGGGGGGUGAGCAGUUGGGGUUGUCGGACACAAACGAUCAUCUUCGUUUUUUCAAGGAACUAUGCCGUCAUGGUGAAGCAUGGGAAGCAAAGGCCAAGGAGCUGAUGUCCGUAGAGGCGGUGCACUAUCAACAGCUGGAGGCUUUAUCCGCGCAGGCGUCUCGCUUUCCCGUCUCCGCAGACACACUCGCAGCCGUAGAUGCCAUAUUGACCAAACAACGCGAAGCGCAAAAGAGGAUACAAAGCCUAUAUGAGAGGAGCAAGGACCCAGAUUUUAGGAAUCGCCCUAAGUAUAAGGAGAUCCGGGAACUGAUGGAUUCGCUGGAGGAAUUAAAUAGCCGGCCUACCGGUGCAAUUGACCUGGAGCGGGAACAGAAACGCCACGAGGACUGGAUGAGGAAAGGAAAGAAGCUAUUUGGGAAGGCCAAUGCUCCGUUGCAUAUUCUCAAAUCGCAUAUGGAGUACGUGGAGAAGAGAAAUUCGUAUUGUUUUGACCUGGAAGAUCGCUUCCGACCUCCAGUUGAACCAGCGUCUCGGGAUAAUAGCCCCGACAAUCUCCUCGAAAAUAACCACGUCGCCCCAAUGUGGGGUAGCGGGCAGUCACGCGCGAGAGAUGUGUUCUGUAUUUGCAGGCAUUCGGAAGCUGGGAUGAUGAUUGAGUGUGAAAUCUGUCGUGAAUGGUACCAUGGCAAAUGCUUGAAGAUCGCCCGAGGCAAGGUCAAGGAACACGAUAGGUAUACAUGUCCAAUCUGCGAUUGGCGUCAAAAGAUCCCUCGAGAUGCGGCUCGCCCGAAGCUGGAGGAUCUUCUAGACUGGCAGGCUGAAAUCGCCGGUCUCCCUUUCCAGCCCGACGAAGAGCAAACUCUCGACAACAUCGUCAACCAGGCAACUACGUUCCGGGAUUUCCUGCAGAGUUUUACCAAUGCCGCUUGCACCACCACAGAAGAAGUACCCACCUUGAUCUUCUACCUGCGGAAAAUAGAAGGCGCCGAAGUUCUGCUGGCCUAUGAGACAAAUUUCUUCCGGCAAGAGAUUCACAAAUGGCAGCCCGUCGCCCCAGAACCUCCCCCAAUUCUGGAGCAGUCUCUGUCAACGCGAAAGCCGCGUCCAACCAAACAGCAGAAGAUUAUGGCGCAGUUGGGCGUGGAUCGUCCUGAAGAUCUCCCUCCACACCUCCGCACGAAGCAGCCGAACUUGGCCAAGCGCAAGUCAAUUGAAUCUCAAACUAGCAGACCUACAAUCCUCCACCCAGCUCCUCCGACACCAGGCGACGGUUCGAAUGGAGAGUCCGCUCGCACGGGGCCCACAUUGACCCCGAUGAAUGACGCACCGAAUGCACCCUAUCCCUUCUCUGCAAACUAUUCCCUCCCCGCUAGUGACUCAACUCCUGCCUUUGCUCCCGGGUCUUCUGCAUUCUUACCUCAUGUUUCAGCGCAUUCGCCCUCCUUCCCGCCGCGUUCUCCCUCUCCACAUCACGAUCGUCUAGAUACGGCCCUUUUUAGCCCUCCCGGGUUUGGCCGCAACCCUAAUAGCGGCCCUUCAGCGGUCGAUGUUGACAGUCCCGGUCCCUUUGGCAGCAGUCCUCGGCAGAACUUGGACGAUGUGUUUGCCGAUUUGACAAACCAGGAUGCUGAGCCGGAGCCGGAGCCGGAGCCAGAACAGGAGUUGGAACCGAUGCAGAACACACAUGCCAACGAGGCGCUAGAGGUCCUGGAUGUUGUUAAUGGCCGAGAGAACUCUAUGCCUUUGCCUGAAGCAGAUCAGGAAGAAAAGGCCGAAAUCCACGGUCCAGCUGACCACGAUCCCGAACCUAGUGCGGCUGUUGCUUAA